AUUCCACACCGGCUGGUCUCAGAGCCACAUGGAACUCGGCCCCUAUGAUAACCUCUCGACAGUACUUUGAUGUUUGACACACACGGUGACAACUUUUAUCAGUAUCUCCGAACACUGGACCCUACAUCAUGUAUUUGGCAUCUUAAAGGCAAGCCUGAUUUUGUCACUCCAGCCAGCCAAGUCAAGGAGAAACAAGGUGCAGAGCAAGCAGAGCACACAGAUGUUGGGCUUCUGAGCGAUAAGGAACAAUCUUCAAGAAUGGGACGUGCUGCUCCUGUGCAUCCUCUCUCCGUUGUGCUCCUGAUGCCUGGACGGUGUCCCCUGCGAGUGAGGUGCCUUUGUCCGACCUGUGGUUCCAGAGGAAUGAGCUGCAGCUACCAGUUGGACACUUGAGAGCCUCCUGGCCUCGUUUCCUCUACCUACUGGGCACAGAGAGCUCCCAUGACAUCCUCACAAGCAAAACAGGUUAAAAGAUCAGCAGCAUGUCAUCGGAAGUCAGGAGAGAGAGUGUGUGGAGAAGCAAGGUAGAGUGGCAAGUGAACUGAGCAAAGCCUGACAGAACCCUGCACACUGUACACAUACGUGGAGCUAAGAAACACGGGAGCCGCUGCAUCACCCAGUUCAAAAGGAUAACUACUCAAAGAAGCAUGGUCGUGGAUGUGGAGGGGAUUAUUCGGUGCAUUAGGCACAGGGAUGACAGUGGCGUUCACAACCAGCUGCAGGAGUUCAACAGAGAGUAUGCGCAGUGUUUCUUCUUUGACACAGAGGAGAGGGACAAAAGGAACGUAAGCACCUUUUACAGUACAGUACGUCUGGUAGCAAAUACUUAACCACCACGCCCCUUCAGUGUUUAUUUCUUGCCUCCCCCCACUACCCCCUUCCUCCACAUCAUCCACUCACUUCCUCUACCCCUUCUCAGCUCUCUUCCAUAGUCUUAUUAGUAAUUUUGCUGGAUCAGACGACCCUGAUCCUCUUUCCCUGCAUGCUCAGGCAGAUUGAGGUUCAGCAAAAGCACAAAGGAAAAUGGAAGAGUUCAGGAAGAAUAAAGUAAGAGAUUGCAGAGAUUCUGACUCUGAUUGUGACGAGAAGGACCAAGAAGACCGAGGUCUCCUCCUCAGACAGAGUCUGGCUGUGGUGCUGGUGAGGUUCAUACGAACUGGAGUUCACUGUCGUCUGCUGAGAGUCGCACUACGCACACUUAGGAUCCUCUCCAGAGACAAGAGGAUCCUGGGCCCUUUUUUAACCGACAACGCCCUCCUCACUCUAGCCAAACUGGCCGGGCUGAGCACGAGUGACGCAAACGACGACGUCAGCGACCCUGACUCCGAUUUCUUUGACAACAUCAUCUGUUCUCUCGCCGAGGUCAAAGCACCGAUGUGUCGCGGCUAUCGCCACAACACCGAGGUCAACGACCAGAAUGAAGAGUGCUCUGCAUUUGAGGACGAUGCCAACAGCGACGUCAGCGCCACCAACUGCAGCGACCUGGACAGCAUCAGCUGCUCCAGAAGCCACAGGCCCAGCAUUAAUGAAACACACAGAGGCAGCAUCCAUCAAAAGGAGCUCGAGCGAGGGAGGAAGGACCGCCGUGAGAGCAAGAUGGAUGGUGACGAUGAGGAGGAUGGGGCGUCGGGAGAGGAGGUUGCGAAGAAAGAGGCCUUGAAGGUGUUGUGUAAUGUGGUAUAUAACAGCACCUGGGCACAGGAGAGAUUCAGUGCACUCAGGCUGAUAUGUGGCCUGAAAGAGCGCCUCUCCUCCGGUAUCAGUUGCCCGGCUUCCUCUAGUGUUCAGUUCUACGAAUUACGACUCACCUUCCUCACCACUGCACUGCGACCUGAACUCAGCACUCAGCUUCAGCAGGAGGGAGGCGUCUCCAUCCUCUCAGCAGCCCUGGAGGGCUACCUGGAGGUGCAGUGGAAGGAGCAGUACGAGUGUGUGCUGGACCCAGCUGCGCAACCUAUUUCUCUGGAGACCUCUCAGCGCAUCAUCGAGAUUCUCAAAAUCCUCUUCAACGUCACACAUAGAGCCCACAGGCAGGCGCCGAGUGAGGCUGAUGCAGCUCUAUACCGGCAUCUAGUGGCAAUCCUGCGUCUCUGCAUGACGCGGAAGUGCAUGUUGCCAGAGGACACUGAUGAACUGCAAGGUCACACAGUCAACCUGUUGUCGGCGCUGCCUCUGCAGUGUCUGGAUGUUCUCCUGAUGGUGCCGCUGGAGCUCGACUCAGAGCAGUGCCAGGGAGUCAACAUGGACUGUGUCCACACCCUGCUGCUGUUCAUGGAGAGACGCCUGGAAGCAGGAGAUAAAGCCAAAGAGAAACUGACUCCAAUCCUCAGUCUACUGACAGAAAGCUGUCGGGCCCACAAAGAAACGCGCCAUUACAUCAGGAAAUAUAUCCUACCUCCUCUGAGAGAUGUUUCUCAGAAGCCGGAGGAAGGCUGCACCUUGAAGAGUCGCCUCAUCCGUCUCAUGACUCACCUGGACACGGACCUCAAACAUUGCGCCGCUGACUUUAUUUUUGUCCUCUGCAAGGAAAAUGUGAGGCGUUUCGUGAAGUACACAGGUUACGGCAACGCGGCGGGCCUCCUCGCCACCAGAGGCCUACUGGGCGGCCCGGCGUCCAGAACCUCCUGCAGCGACACCCUGUACUCCAGCGAUUCAGAUUCGGACACCGAGGAGUACCGCCAGGUUAAAGAUCGCAUCAACCUGGUGACUGGGAGAGUGGAAAGGGAGCAGACGGACCACAUGGAGGGCAUGACGGAGGAGGAGAAAGAGGAGGAGGCUAAGAGUCUCAUUAGGCUCUUCAACAAGCUGUCCAGGGACAACAUUAUUCAGCCAAUGGGAGUGGACGCAGAUGGGAAGCUGGUCCCAAUGGCGGGACUGAGGGAGAACAGCCUCACGGAAGAGUCGGCGUCAGACACAGAUGAAAUAGAGAACGGCUCAAAUCAAUGAAGUCCAUUCUAUCGAUUUAUUUAUUUAUUUAUUUAUUUAACUUUUAAUGCUCAAAUACUGUAUUUGUCAUAAAUGGUGGAGAAACCUAGAGAGACGUCACACAGGCACAAGGUUUUUAAAACGGGUUUAAUUUUAUUUGUCCCUACAGGAUACAUUUUAUUUAUUUUUUAUUAUAUUGGACAACACUAUAUGGACAUAAAUAUUGGGACAUGUUUGAUGGGCUCCAAAAUUCACAGUCAUGCUGAAAUAAAAAAGAGCGUUCAUUUUCAGGGGGAAUCCCCACUCACAGUGACAGGUUUUCACCGCUGCGCUGUGCAAGGAUUUGAACACCAAUAUAAAUUAAAUCUUCAAGCUUAAAAACACUCUUAAUGCACAAAAUAAUUAUCAAACUUAUUUGUUCAUAUAAUGCACACAGAAAAAUGAACAACUUCAUGCUCUGUCUCCUUUCUGCUACGUUCUCCUUGCGCCGUGAGACGUUCAGGCGCACUUGUAAUUGUGAGUGUUCGACGCUAAUUUAUUUUUUCCCACAUACCCCCUAUGACAAUUGGCGUACACCAAUGGAACCUAGACCCUAAACUACAGUAUUCCUUUCAUGUGACAAAACAUUGGAAACGUUCACUGCAAAUUCCUGAUGACACAUUUGAAGGCGUCACUUUAGGUGUGGCUAUGCACGCUCCAAGCCUCGUUGGAAAGCUGCCCUUUAUAUAAUGAGCGAGGUCAUAUCCACAUGAAUACGGAUAUUUUCAAAAACGCACAUCUGCCCCUCUCUGGUGUCACAACAAUCUCUAUCCACACGGUGACGUUUUAAAACUAUUCUUAUCCACAUGAAUACGCAUAUGCAGGCUGUCAUGCACAUGACAAAGUAAGGGGGCGCUGCAGCCAUGGUCUGUUACGGCGAUUUGAACCAAUCAGAGACGGAAAUGACGUCAUUUCCGUAGACAUGUAACAAACAAGGCGAUGUACAGUAGAAGCUACAUGUGGACCGCUAGUGAAGUAGCGAUACUUUUCAGUACACAUUUGUCAGCAAAGUUUAUUGAAUCUAAAACUGAAAAUGGAUGAAACAUGUUCUUUAUUAAAAUGUAUCAGAUGUUGAUUAUCACUACAGUGUUGAUCAAGAAAAGGUCCUUCGGCUGUGACGCUAUCAUUGCUGAAAUAAUUGUGUUCUGGCAAAUUGUCCUUGUUUACUUACCUCCACGAAACAGUUAAUGCAGAACAAGGCAGGCAAAUAUAACAGGGAAGCUUUCAAUUAGCAGGCGACGCAGCUCAGUCAAACGCAAUCACAAGCUUCUUGCCAUGCUAACGUUCCCACACCAUUCUUCCAAAAUGACAAGAAGUUGUCCACCAGCUAGAGGUUCGAUCGGGUCUUGUCCAAACUUGCCAUCGUUGACGAGGGUGUUAGAGCCGUUUAGCGAGCAAAACAGCAGCGGUUUAGCAUCCUUUGUUCGUCAAUGUCAAGCGAAAGUAUGCAUGUUUACUCUUAUACACACAAAAUGUCAUUUCAGCAUGCUUGAAAGCAGCAAUGUUAUGUUAGCCAUUGCACACAUUCAAUUAUACUUAUCUAAUGUGGUAAUAAAGGCACAUACAGUGAUUGUUACGUCACCUGUCAGCAACAAGCCGAAAGCUCUGUUUUUGACAUCCAUAGGAAUAUGCUGACGCCGGAGUUUUCCAAAAGCUCAGAACCAUGAAAAAAUAAGCGGUUUCAAAAUAUCCGUAUUCAUGUGGACAAGGCCUGAUUUAUUUGAGUUGAAAGUCAUUCAUCAUCCAGUCAAGUGUGAAAUGUGACGAGUGGUUAUUAUGAUUAAACACAUGCCGAUGAACAGAAUGAUUGUCAGUCUCAUAAUUUGCAUUGCA